CUUUUAAAGAAGCAGGAAGCUCUUUACCAAAGUUUUACAACUUUUUUUGCAAAGCAAUAAUGCAUCCAUCGCAAAUUUCUGUGAACAACCUGUCAGGGUCGUCGAAUGAUACUCUUCCAUCGACGGAGUCUCAGAAACUUGAAGACCAGCGCCGCGGAGUAUCUCUGAACGAUUUUCCAGAUGGCGGCUUGCGGGCGUGGUCAGUCGUAGCUGGGGCUUGGGCUGCCAAUAUCUGCAGUUUUGGAUGGAUCAACUGCAUCGGAGUUUUCCAGGCUUACUACCAGGAGGAGUAUCUGAAAGGCUACUCCCCUAGUGCAAUCUCAUGGAUUGCCUCUUUGGAACUCUCUAUUCUCUUUGGUGGCGGCUUUGUUGUUGGCCGAAUCUACGACAAGUAUGGCCCACGGUGGCUAAUGGCUUUCGGCACCUUCAUGCAUGUCUUUGGACUGAUGAUGGCUUCGCUUUCCACAAAGUACUAUCAGAUUAUUCUGUCGCAGGGCAUCUGUAGUCCUAUUGGAAUCUGCUGCCUCUUUACACCAGCUGUUGCCUGUGUAACCACUUGGUUUCAAAAGCGAAGAGGCCUUGCAAUGGGCCUUGUCAGUGGUGGCUCCAGUCUCGGAGGUGUCUUCCUACCCAUCAUGUUUAACCGCUUGAUCAAACAGAUUGGUUUUCCAUGGGCCAUGCGGGCUUGUGCUUUUCUGAUCUUGGGCUUGCUCAUCAUCGCCAACCUAACCAUCGUUUCACGUCUGCCACCAUCGUCUGCUCCUCUACCUCUCAAAGGCUUCUUUAAGCCCUUUACGGAGCGUGCGUACUUAUUCACAGUCGCAUCUGCAUUCAUCUACUUUCUUGGCCUUUUCGUACCAAUCAAUUACAUUGCGGCGCAGGCUGCACAACUCGGCAUGUCCGAGAACCUGGCGCAGUACCUCAUUCCAAUUCUCAACGCAGCGAGUCUUUUUGGGCGAAUUCUGCCUGGAAUCGCUGCUGACAAGUUUGGCGCAUACAACACGCAAACAAUAAUGGCAUUCUUCUCCGCAAUUUUAGUUCUGGCGCUGUGGCUUCCUGCAUCAAGCAACGCUGCCAUAAUUGUUUUCGCCGCUCUUUACGGGUUUGGCUCUGGAGCGUUUGUUACUCUCUGUCCAACGCUCAUGGCACAAAUUUCGCCCAUUCGUGAGAUUGGACUGCGGAAUGGCAUGCAGUUUGGAGUUCUCGCUAUUCCGGCACUUGUCAGCAACCCUAUUGGUGGCGCUUUUAUUGCGAGCGAUGAUGGAGGGUAUACUAACAUUAAGAUUUGGACUGGGGUCAUUUUGAUGGCGGGUGCUUGUAUGUACGCCGUUACGCGGAUUUUACUUGGAGGUGUCAAGUUGGCAAAGAAGAUAUAGGGAAGGUUUGUAGAAAUUGGCAUCAAUUGAGGGUGCUGAGACAUCUAUGUGCCAAUUUUAUACGUGAUAUGCAUUCCUCUAUAUGUUGCUCUAACAAAAAUGCUUCAAACAAUGCCAUUCUAGGUCGCCAUCCAACUGUGCAAGAUGCUAUAUCCAUAUUACGCCCAUUCUCCCUGACCCUUCUUGAUCUUCUGAAUAAUCGCCUGAAGCUCCUCCUUCAUGUUCUGAAUAGCCGUAGCAUGCCACUCUGGCACCUCAUCCUCACUGGCAGAACACUCAUCAAACGUCUCCAUGACCUUUUCCGCCUUGCGUAGCUCCCUAAGAAGCACAGCUCGCUGCAAAGUAGCCUGAUCAUCAUCGUCAAGAUCCAGCAUCCCCAACUGUAUCUUCAUCGGCCGCAAUUCCGCUCCCUCGGCAUGAUACCGCGCAGUAACAGCAACACGGUACCAAAAGAUGGUCUUGGAAAGAAUGGUGCUAUGCAAAAGAGCAAUAUGCGGGUUCCUCGCACAUGGACACUUGAGCAGGGGGAUGAGAUUGGUCAGGGCAGCCUUGUUGGCAAACAGGACCGUGUCGAUGCUUGGCAUCGGCUUGGCGAGGUUCAUGCCGCUGGCUGCUGCAGGUGCCUUGCAGAUGCGAUCUGCGUUGUGGUGAUGCAGCGAGCGGAGAACGCCAAGAGCUAGAGCCUCGCAGUCGUGUGCUUGUUUGGGAUCGUGGGGCUCGAUCGGCGGCGUCGAGGUAGUAUUGAUUGGUUGCUCUGCAGGUGUUGUGUGCUGUUCGGGAGGGGUGAUUGUUUCGCUGAGGGUUUGUUGGCUCGCGAGGGAUCCGGGUGUUGUUUUCCAUGGUUCGGCUAGGGAUAUAUAGGACGUGUCGUCAAAGUCGAACAUCAUGUCAAUGUCGUGGAAGGCCCAGUUGUCGAGUUUUCCGAUACCGUUGCCCAGAGUGGAUGCUUGGUAGCUUGACAACUGUGGGCUUGUCUCCCUCUCUUCCCAAGAGAACUCGGAGCCAUAAGACAUGCCCUUCAUCCCGUUUGGCACUGGAAUAGCUCCAGGCGUUGGUAUCUCGCUUGACGAGGAGCGUUGAGCAUCAGACUCGGUCUUUCUAUGUCGAGAUCUCUUGCCAUGUCGUCGAGAAGCGCUGUAAAAGCACUCCUGCCCAUUGUCUAU